AUGAGUACAGAGAGAGUGACAGAGUGCUUUCAAAAUGAAGAGCAGAAUAAAAUAUACAAUAGUGUACUUAAAGGCGAUUAUAGUGAAAGAAUCCCAUGCAAAGUGCUAAAAAUAGCAAGAGAGGAUAUUAAAGAUGUUCUAAAAACAGAGAAAAACAUCUUGCGUAUGGAGAGAGUGCCAAGAAUUCUGGACAGUAGUAUAUUCCAGGAGACAAAUAAGAAAAGAGGGGUGCACAUUGAGGCAGACAUUCCACAUAAGAAAGCAGAUGGGUCAUGGAUUAUACUGAAUAGUCAUGCAGAAAAAGGAUUUCCUGCUAUGUUGGUUCUAAGCUAUGAGUAUUUCACGCAUAAUGAGCUUCUGAAAAAGGCAGGAAUAAACGAGAACGAGUAUCAGUCAAGUUACAAUCGGGUUGGAAGUAUAAUUCACUUAAACCUAAAAGAAGAAUCUCUAAAGCACAAAGAAAUCAUCUCAAUUACCCUUCUAAAUAAGAUAAAGGACUGUAAUACAGUGCUGCGAAAGAAAUCAAACAUAGAAAAUGUCUUCCGGAAUAUAGAAAUUGAGCACUUGCAAGGCGCACCUUCAUACAAAACUGUGCACAGAGAGAAUGGUCUAAGGUUUAGCAUAGAUUAUGACAAAGUCUACUGGAACUCAAAACUUCAGAAAGAAAGAGAGAUCCUUAGCAAGCAGAUACACAGGGAAGAGACUGUAUGCGAUAUGUUCUGCGGGGUAGGGCCAUUUUCAAUUCUUGCUCUCUCCAAGGGGGCAGAGGUAUGGGCAAAUGACCUCAACCCAGCAAGCAUUGUGAAUUUCAAAGAAAGCAUUAUUCUAAAUAGGAAGACACUGGGAUUGGACGAUGUAGAAAGCUCAAUAUGGGAUGAAGGCCUAGAAGACAGAAUACAUCUGUACAACUUGGAUGCGCACGACUUCUUAAUGAAAGCAACAGAAGAAAAGAAGAAAAUAAGUCCUUCUCCACAGUUCAACCACUACAUUUUAAACCUGCCUGAGCUGACACUAACUUUUAUAAAGCACUUUAGAGAGCUAGAAAUAGCCACAACCCCAUUGCAAGCAGGAAAAGCAACAGUCCAUGCGUAUUUCUUUGUUAGAACCAAUGAGUCUGCUUUGGAAAAGAUAGAAAAAGAGAUGGGCAGGAAGGUGGAAGGCACUGAAAGACUGGUUCGGAAAGUAUCUCCAAGCAAGGAAAUGUGGGUUGUAUCAUUUACACUUGUAAAAUAA